AUGGACAAGCUGCCGGUAGAGAUCCUAACCAAAGUCAUCGACCUCCUCACCCCGAAAGAGAAGGUGCAGCUGCAAUCUGUCUCCAAAAAGUUCUUCGACCUUGCCCGCGAUAAUAACUUGUGGAAGCUGCACUGCUAUGAGCAAUCAUGGGCUGCCUUGCAAUCUUCCCGUCCGGCGGGCCGAACCUCGGAGAGCCUCCUCACACAUUCGACGGCCUCUUUGAGUACUUUGGGACAAACCUCGCUGCGCGAACUAAUUCAACCACCUCCACCGCAGUUAGACGAGGCUGUCCCGAACGACCCUCGAGGGUUGUCGUUGAGUGAGAGAGCAAGGGCGGCAUCUGAAUGGGAGUCUUCGAUUGAAGGUGAACAUGUCGAUUGGUACUCGGAGUAUAUUGCCCGCCAUGGGCCCAUGUCUUUGUCCUGGGUACAACAGCCAAUGAUUCAAAAUGGAGCAGGCCGAAAGCGUACACCACAUGAAGUCAAGGGUAUGGGUUUGCUCAAGGAUUGGAGUUCUGCCAGGCAAAAUAAGAUCGUUGCACCGCUAGAAGACGGAAGUGUCUGCAUCUGGGAUCUUAACCAUUCUCAUUGCGGUGAUUCACAAUCAAGCAAAGGCAAGAUCCUGGGCAUGAGUGAACCUGGCCUCCUCAUGAAGAACCUUUCCCGACGGAGAGAUCAUUCCCCUUCCAAAUCCUCGCUUGAGUUUAUUAACUUGGGCGAAGGAGUCAGUGUAGACUCCUUCCGGCACCGAGCAUACCUGGCGGUUGGAAAUGUUCUCAAUGAGGUCGAUCUGGAGACCUUGAAAUUGAUCUCACAGCAGCGCUAUCCCUGGUCGAUUUUUGCACUCUCUCAGGAGACCGAUUAUUCUGUUCCACUAACAUUAGCCACGACGCUCAGCCUUCAAAUACACGACGCCAGAUUACCUGCCACUGAAGAAGAGGAAGCAAUCAGUCUGCGGUGUGAGGAGAAUUCCGCUCCCUUGGUGCCUGAGUUAGACAUAUUCUCUCAUUCAGACUCCCCACGGCUGCAGCUUCAACCGAAUGGGCUACCUCCCCAUCGGAUUCGAAGUCCAGGCCCAUCAGACGAUACUAAUUAUGCGCCACUCUUCCAGCCUGGGCCUCUGUCCAUUCUCCAUCCACCCGCCCCGCAUGUGAAUAGCAUUCUUGUUGCAGGCAGAUUUCCCAGCAUCCUCUGCUACGAUCGUCGCUUUUUCCCUCGUCUGCAGAGCACCGUCCACUCUGGUGGUAGUCUUUGUGGUCUUACAUCCGCACCUGAGCCCCGAUUCCCCGUUUUCAAAGACUCGGACUACCCUGCAUCUCACAACGUUGUCGCGUGUGGCGAGUACAACGGAAGAGGCUCACUGGAGCUAUACAACCUCAGCUCUUCCUCUCAGGAUCCCCAAAGCCGCCCAUCAGACAGAUCGUCCGCCCUGGUACUGCAACAUAAAAAUCGACAAAGCGCGGCUAGCUCCAAGCUUCUAUCGGUAGCUUCUCACGGAAAUCGUAUUGUCUAUUCAGAUUCUGAAGGGAAUAUCAAAUGGGUCGAGCGAAAUGGCCGCGCCGAAGUCCGCCGAUGGAACAUCAAUACCUCCCAGCCCCAACUUCCAUUCUUCCGAAGCAGCCAGCCACCUUCCGAACAAUCUGGAGCUGACGACUCACAACCCCGAGGGCUUUGGCCAAGUUCACAGCCUGAAAAUAACAGCAGUGAAGUCGCGCGCAAGAUUCUCCCAACUGGAGGAAACCUCACUGGUGAUGAGCUACUGGUGUGGACCGGAGAACGUAUUGGACGUAUCAAGUUUUCCAUUCCCGCAGAUACGAAUCGGGAAGAUGAUGAAGAAGACGAGUGGUUCAUGCAUGCCGAGGUUGACGAAGAGACAAGGGAAGCCAUGCGGCAUAAACUACGCGACGAAUGGGAGAAAGAGCGAAAAUACGAAGAUACCAUGCGGCGGGCUUUGGAGAGACAAGCGGACGAGGUACGAUGGAUGGGGACGGACGGCAUGAGUUGA